UCCCUGUUCAUUUUCACGCCGACUCGAUCUAUUUGUACCCGAACCCGAGGUUUUUCAUUUCCUGAAGUCGCAAAAGAGCCGAUAGAAUCUUCUUCCCUCUUCUUCAAGCAAUCAAUAUCUCGCUCGCUUCCGCCCUCGUCAAAGAUGCCUACUGUUAGUGUGAAAUGGCAGAAGCAAGUGUUUCCAGCUGUUGAGAUUGAUACGAGUCAACCCCCUCUUGUUUUCAAGUGCCAGUUAUAUGAUUUAACUGGUGUACCUCCUGAACGGCAAAAGAUCAUGCUUAAGGGUGGCCUGUUGAAAGAUGAUGCAGACUGGUCGACCUUAGGUAUAAAAGAGGGUCAAAAGUUGAUGAUGAUGGGUACUGCAGAGGAAGUCGUGGAAGCUCCAGAAAAAGGUCCUGUAUUUAUGGAGGACCUCCCAGAAGAAAAGCAAGCAGUUGCCGUGGGGCAUAGUGCUGGUCUCUUCAACUUGGGAAACACCUGCUAUAUGAACUCCACAUUGCAAUGCCUUCAUUCGGUCCCAGAGUUGAAGUCAGCAUUACUUCACUAUGCAAAUGUAAAGAAUGAUGAUAUGGAUCAGUACACACAUUAUUUGACUUGUAUGACUCGUGAUCUUUUUAAACAACUGGAUCAAAAAGUAAACCCCGUGGCACCAUUGCAAUUUUUGGCGUCAAUACGGAAGAAGUAUCCUCAGUUUGCUCAGCAGCAAAAUGGUGUCUACAUGCAGCAGGAUGCUGAAGAAUGUUGGACCCAACUAAUGUAUAAUCUUUCGCAAUCACUCAAACCGUCAAGAUCCUGGUCACCUACAUCACCAAGCGAGACAUCUAAUCCAGUCAAAACACUUUUUGGAAUUGAUCUAGUGAGCAGGAUCCGCUGUGCAGAGAGUGGAGAAGAAAGUUCAGAGUCAGAAUCUGUUUAUGCACUGAAAUGCCACAUCUCGCAGGAUGUUAAUCAUUUGCAUGAGGGCCUAAAACAUGGUCUAAAGUCAGAAUUAGAGAAGGCUUCUCCUUCGCUGGGACGCACUGCAAUUUAUUCAAAAGAAUCCCAUAUCAGCAGUUUGCCCAGGUAUUUGACUAUUCAGUUCGUCCGCUUUUUCUGGAAAAGGGAGACAAAACAGAAGGCGAAGAUCUUGCGGAAAGUGGACUAUCCUUUGGAAUUGGAUGUCUAUGAUUUUUGCUCAGAUGAGCUUCGCCAGACACUACAAGGUCCACGUCAGAUUCUAAGAGAUUCAGAAAAUGUGAAGCUUGGGUUGAAAGUCCAGGACAAGAAGAACCAAAACGAUGUUUCUGUACCUAAAUUGGAGGGAUCUAUGGAUGCUGAGCCGUCCACCACUGUUCCUGAAGUAGAUGAAAACAUGCAACUAACUGGCAUCUACGACCUGGUCGCGGUGCUGACUCACAAGGGAAGGAGUGCCGACUCUGGUCACUAUGUUGCCUGGGUGAAGCAAGAAAGUGGUAAAUGGAUUCAAUAUGAUGAUGAUAAUCCCAUUCCCCAAAGGGAAGAUGACAUAACACGACUUUCUGGUGGAGGUGACUGGCAUAUGGCAUACAUUUGCAUGUACAAAGCUAGGCUGGCUAAAAUUUAGACGCCAAUACCAGGAGGAUCCGCGGGACGACUUUUAUCAUUGUUGUGGGUGUAUGAACUUUUCCUUCAAAAUCUUUGUUGUACUCUCUUUUAUUCUUUAAACGAACUUGUCUGUUUGCAAUUACAAACCCUUGUAAGGAGAAUGAUGCAAAUUAGUUAGACUAAAAAAGAGUUUUAAACUAA